UGAUUUUCACUCUGACGUCAUAACCACCUCCAAACAAAGUGGAGGUAGACUGUUUUCCGACAGAAUAGCACCGGGAAAUCCUCGGAAAAUCCUUGGAAAAACCUCAGACAACCUGAAUUUUCAUCAACGAUUCUAUCACCAGAGUCAGAUAUAGCAACACAUUGAUAGAAGCCGUUGCAAAAUGCCUGGAUCACGGGAUAAGAUCCUGAGCGAGGUGUUCUCAGGAAUAUGUAACAAGAUGAACAGAUGUAAGCCCCUGUCAUCAGAUGACGUCAUGGCCACACCCUUGAGAAGAUGUCUCAACACUUUCGACAUUACACUAUUGGGAAUCGGUCACAUGGUAGGAGCCGGCAUCUAUGUGCUGGUGGGAACAGUAGCUAAAGACCAGGCUGGUCCAGGAAUCAUAAUUUCGUUCCUGAUAGCCGGCCUGACGUCUAUGUUGGCAGCACUGUGUUAUGCUGAGUUCGGCACUCGCAUCCCCAAAGCUGGCUCAGCUUAUGUCUACACAUAUGUCAGUGUGGGCGAAUUCUGGGCUUUUGUCAUUGGAUGGAAUCUUAUAUUGGAACAUAUGAUUG